UGUUCAACGAGAAUGGUGAUGGCGCGCGGCUCUGCACUGGUGCAUUAGCUACGUUUAGUGGCUUCCUCCUCGUCUCCUUCCUCUUGUCUACACAAAUUAUUUGUUGGAGAAAAAAACAGUGCAGGUUUAGUAAAAUACAUUUUAGGCACCAUCUAAUGCUUUCAUAUAUAAUUCAUACGUUUACGUUUUCUUAUCAGAAGAUAAAGGAAAUGUAGACAAGGUGGAGGCUAAUCUGCAACCUAUGUGUCUUGUCUCAGUCGUAACUGUUAAAAUUGUGUUUUAAUAUGUUUCAUGCGCCACACGAAAAAAACACUGGAUUGGGUGAUCAUCACUCAGAGAUAUCGAAACCUGUAUUAACCUACACUUUGACCAGGCACGUGAUCAAGCUAGCAGCUGCACGGGAACGAGUCUCAGUUCAAAGCUACUUUUGCCUCCACAUUGCAACUGGUUUGAAACAAAAAUGAAGUUUCUGAAACUCUUUGGACGUGCUAAAUCUGUGGUUAUUGGAAUGAUUCAUGUUCAAGCCUUGCCAGGCACCCCUUUAGGAAACAUGGCCAUUCCUCAAAUUAUUGAGGAGGCAUGCCACGAGGCAGAAAUCUAUCACAAUGCGGGAAUUGAUGGGCUGAUCAUUGAGAACAUGCAUGACAUUCCAUACACAUUCUCAAUUGGACCAGAGGUGUGUGCCUCUAUGACAGCGGUGUGUGCAGCGGUGAGGGGGAUCUGUCCGUCUCUGCCUCUUGGAGUUCAGAUCCUGUCUGCAGCGAACAGCUCAGCUCUUGCUGUUGCACUGGCUUCAGGUAUGGAUUUUAUCAGGGCAGAGGGAUACGUCUUCUCACAUGUUGCUGAUGAAGGCCUUUUGAAUGCCUGUGCCGGAGACCUUUUGCGAUACCGCAAGCAAAUUAAGGCUGAACAUGUGCAGGUCUUCACUGAUAUAAAAAAGAAGCACAGCUCCCAUGCCCUGACUUCAGAUGUGAGCAUAGUGGAGACGGCCAGAGCAGCUGAGUUUUUCCUCUCUGACGGGCUCAUCAUCACUGGAACAGCCACAGGGGUUCAGGCAGAUCCAAUGGAGCUCAGAGAUGUUGCAGGGUCUGUAAGACUCCCAGUUCUUAUUGGCUCAGGAGUGACCUAUGACAACGUGGAACACUACCUUGAUGCUAGUGCAAUGAUAAUUGGCUCUCAUUUCAAGAGGGGAGGAGUUUGGGCAAAUGCUGUUCAUCCAGAAAGCGUUAAGAAGUUCAUGGGGAAGGUGCAUUUGCUUCGAAAAUGAAAUCCACCAAUUUGCUGCUAAAAUAAUUUAAUGCAGAACAAUGACAUUUGGUGGUAAUAAUACAUGCAAUUACUGAAGUUAUGUCUCAUGCUAUUUAAUAAAACACAAAUAAUACCUAAACAAAACAGAUUUAUUUAACAUCUUUUAACAUUUAAAUAUACACCACACUGGGAAUAAAUGUAGAAAAACAAAGUGAAUCACUAAGUACACUAAGUACAAAACAUACAUUAGUAACAGUGUUUCAUCAUUAUUUGGUAAUCCUUACCAAAUAUAGCAAAAGAGGUCCAAUUACUCAAGAGUGAUGUUUUGUGUCAUCACAUAUAUACAAAAUAGCUUUUCAUAGCUAUGAAACAUAUCAACUUUCCUUAAAGCAAUAUACCCACAACGUAUCUAAAUCUAAGGCACGCAAAGUAAUACAAAAAAAGUAUUCUAUAUACAAUAGAAUUCAUAUUUGCAAGUGCUAAAACCUUUUGCAUUUUAUACACUACAUAAAAGUUUUCAUCAGAGCCAUAAGCCUUAGCCGUUACAAGCCAGUUAAAAUACUUUUCACAUGCACACACAUCUACUCAAGGCUAUUUCACUCUCAAACUGGGCUCAGUAUGUUAAUAACAUACUCAGCAAAGGGGGUUCCCUUGAUCAGGGUAAAGAGAUUCACAGGGUCAUAGGUCUAAGGUCUGUGUGUUAAGUGGGUUCAGACAGGGGCGUGGUUACUCAGUAGACACUCAGUAGUUGUACAGACGCUGGCAGGGUUGUUUGAAGUGACCAAAGCGUCUGUCAGAGGGGGAGAAGCGCAUCUUGGCAAGGUUCUGUCUCUGGAGAGCACUCCUGGUCAGCUUCUUGCACUCCAUGCGAGUCCUGGCUCGCUGUAUGGCAAGCAGUUGGACAUUGCAUGGAAGCGGGCUGCCCCAGGCAGCUAGCCUCCAGGACACAUGCUGUUUGACUGGCACAGGCCUGCAGUGGGGGGUGGGGGGACAGAAUAACUGUAAAAUGUGUCACUCCUUUCUCUUGGAUAAUGGUUGUGUUAUCACACUGACUACAGUAGAUGGAUCCCCUGGAUGAAAACUGACCUGGGAGAAGCAUCCUCUUCAUCUGAGUCUUCCUCAUCGCUAGGCUGGUGUCUGAUCUGGUAUACAGACAUACUGGGAUGCUCAAUCAGCAGGUUCUCCAAAGGGUCUUCCUCAGGGGGAUUCAGGGAGUUGUUCUCUGGAAACAUCAGACCACAAAUUUACUAAACCGAGACCAAAAAGGAAAAACACCAGUGAGACCUCUAAUAGUGACCAUUAGAUCUACUAUCCAAAUAAUUACAAUACUACCAUUUACAAAACAAGUAACUGCAGACAACAAUGCCCAUACCAGUUUAACAACUAACUUGUGAUUUCAACUCUCUGUGAACAAAAUUAUCGGCUUACCUUGAAUGUUGAUAACGACCCAUCCUCCCUCCUCAAACUCAAUGAGCUCCUCAUAGGUUUCAUUGUCAUCUGUGGGAAAAUCGCCAUCUGUGCUACCAAGGAAAUGGGCAAGUAUCUUUCCAAUCAUUGUGUAUAUGUUUUGCCUCCCUUGGCCCUCUUAUUGCAGUCUGCAAAUAAAAUGAGUUAACAUAGUGUUAUAGUAUGUUGCCCCCAUAAGGAAAAAAAUGUGCAAACCGGCUACAAUUACUGCUAAACUGGUAAAAUUGCAAAACCGAUCAUAGUAAAACAUUGCAUCAAAUGCAAGAAAACAGCAGAACCUGAAAAGGCAUGUGUAGUUUAAUAUCCACAUUGACAGAAGAUAGAUCUGAAAUAAUUUCCCGGAAAGCAGACUCUGAACAACACCUUACAUUAUGACCUUUAGUUUUUAACAUUGUGUCCUGGGUUAAUGACCCUGCCAGAACAGCAGAAUCAGGAACAGCAUGCCCCUUGGAAGCUAUCUGCAGACUGGAGGUCAUGGCAUCCUUUCUGACCAGCAACUCAUUUCAAGCCUGUGUCUGAAUUUUAAGAUGUGUUAUGAAUAAACGAAUGUGGUGAAUAUGAAGCCAAUCAGCCAAA